CCUAUUUGGUUGUUAAUGUUUCUCCUAUUGUAGGUUUCUUGUUGUACUGUGGAUAUAAAUUAGAUUUAAAUUGUUAAUUUAGUUUUUUAUUUAUAAUUGAAUUAAAAUUUUAAUUUUAACACCAUCAUGGCUUUAACCAAUUCUGUGAAAGGAGAUGAGAUUGAAAAGCAAGAUAAUGAGGUUUCUAAUGAGAAACCUGUUGAAGUGGUAGAACCAAUUCGAAGUCGAACAAGUCAAAGAAAAGCGGCCACUGCUGCUGUUAAUGCAAUGAAAGAACAAGCUUUAGGUGCAAAGAAGGCUGAAAAUGAAGAUGAUGAAGGUAAGCCCAAGAGAGGUGGUCGAGGAAGACCGAAAGCAAAUAAUGAAAAGAGUAGCGCCAAAAAUGAACGAAAAAGAGCUGCUUCAACCGAUGGUGAAGAUGAGGAUCAACCUAAAAGUAAACGGGGUCGACCAAAACGUAAACCAGCAGCGGCAGCACCCAAAAAGAAAGCAGCAGCAGCCCCGGCAGCCCCAUCAGGAAGAAGAGCUGGUAGACCAAGUAAAAAGGCAGCUAAAGAAGACGCGGUAAAAGAAUCAGAGGAAGAAAACAAGGAUGAUGAUAAAGCUCAAGAUAAAGAGGAUGAAUCAAAUUCUGGUGAAGAAAAUGAAUCUAAAACUGAUUAACUUUUCAUCUCUUCUCAAGCCAUAACAUCAGCCAUUGAAAUUUUCGUCUAUCAUCAUCUUCGAAGCUUCUUUUUUUCUCUCUUUCAAUCAAUCUUUUUUUUUAACCCUCAACCUCUUCAUUAGAUUAAUCACAUUCACCUCAUUUCUCAUUUUCUUUUUGAAACCAGACUCUUCAUACUUUUAACUUAUAUCCAUGUCUCAUCAGUCACAUGAGAGCCAAUUUCGAAACACUUAUCCACAUUAUUAUCCCUUAUUCUCAUGUCUCUUUUAAACUAAUUAUGCUGAUAAUCAUCACCAAAUUCUGCAGAUUUUUCUCAUUUCCUAUUUAACCUUGAAUAGUCCAUUUUAAAGCCACAAGCCAUUACACCAAAAGUAGACCAAUUCCGAAUCAAAUUUAACCAUAAAUUUUUUCUUCUCCCUUUUCGCCUGUUAAUCAACCUCGACAUUUUUUUCUUGUAAAUUAUUAUCAACCAGUUAUAAUUACAAAAAUUAAAGGAUCUGGUAUCUUCUUA